AGCCAGUCAGAGCAGCGUCUCCCUCAUCCUCAUGUCAGAAAUUCAAGUAUACAACCACACCGAUGGUAAGGUAUACGUCGGUACACGGCUAAACCGCUUCACCACAAUGAUCAAUGGAGUGGGCUAUUAUAUCCUUCAGUUUUCCGAUAAACGGACUUUUCGCUGCCCCAUCACCGAUUGUAGAGAUGCGCCUGCUGGGACGCCUUUAACCACUCGCCUAAACUAGACGCCUCCAGUCAUGGAACUACUUAAC